CCCAACUAUUAAACUGCUGAAAACGAGAGGAUGGCAUCUUAACCGAGGAUACACAACAGCCUGUUCACGAAAUGUUAAAUGCCCCUCGCGGCAAAUAAUUUGGACUUCAUGGAUAUAAAGCUGUGUAAAUUAUUGCAAUGGACCACAGCCAGUGUACGACAGUAACAAUUACUUCGAGGGUGGAUUAUUGAGUUGCAGUUUUACGCCUCGGAUUUCACCAAUAUAGUUUUUGCUGUGGAAAUUAACUUCAACCAUUGUGUACCGCUGUGAUAUGAAUAAGAUGGACAAAAAGAUGAUUUUAGCAACUUGAAACCUAAAGAGCGGGGAUUCACUUUAUAAUAUAAACAGGUUGGCUCUUUAUACUUGGACAAACCCUCCUUUAACUUUGAACGGGGUUUUAACUGCAAGGAAUAAUGUGGAAACUUUGGCCAUUUACCUGCCACACAGCUCUCGUUUACAUAGUCUUCGAAAUAUUUAUUUACAGCGUCAAAGGUCUUAAUGUUUGCAUGAGCGGUAGCGCCACGUCUUGUGAAGAAUGUCUCUUCAUUCACCCGAGCUGCGCCUGGUGCGCACAAGAGGACUUUGGACAAGCAAGAACGCUCACCUCACGAUGUGACUUAAGCCAGAACUUACUAAAAAGAGGCUGUGAUUUACCUUUUAUCGAAAAUCCAAGGAGUGGCAUCUCCCUUUUGAGGAGCAAACCCCUGAGUUCCAAAAGUUCUGGGUCGACCCAGUAUGAUGUCAUUCAGAUAUACCCACAGAAGAUCUCGCUCACAUUAAGACCCGGUGACCAGACCACAUUUGAGGUACAAGUGCGUCCAGUUGAAGACUACCCCGUUGAUUUGUACUACCUGAUGGACCUCUCGCUCUCUAUGAAGGAUGAUCUAGACACAAUCCGCAACCUGGGCACCAAACUGGCUGAGGAAAUGAGGAAACUCACUAGUAACUUCCGCCUUGGGUUUGGCUCCUUUGUGGAUAAGAACAUAUCACCCUUCUCCUACACAGCCCCCAAGUACCAGGACAACCCUUGCAAUGGAUAUAAAUUGUUCCCAAAUUGUGUCCCUACAUUUGGGUUCCGUCACCUCUUGUCUCUUACGGACAAAGUUGACAGUUUCAACGAAGAAGUGCAAAAGCAGAUGGUGUCACGUAACAGGGAUGCACCAGAAGGGGGGUUUGAUGCCAUUCUGCAGGCUGCUGUUUGCAAGGAGAGGAUUGGCUGGAGGAAGGAGGCCUAUCAUCUUCUUGUGUUUGCUACGGAUGACGUCCCACACUUGGCUUUGGAUGGCAAACUUGGUGGAUUAGUGCAUCCUCAUGAUGGACAAUGUCACCUGAAUGACAAGAAUGAGUACAGUGCUUCAACAAAGAUGGACUACCCUUCUCUAGCUCUACUUGGAGAGAAACUGGCUGAAAACAACAUUUUUCUCAUCUUUGCAGUGACCAAAAGGCACUAUGUUCUUUAUAAGAACCUCACUGCAUUGAUUCCUGGGACUACUGUGGAAAUUUUGGACCAAGACUCAAAAAAUAUCAUACAGCUAAUUGUAAAUGCAUAUAAUAACAUCAGGUCAAAGGUUGAGCUGAGCGUGUGGGAUCACCCUGAAGAUCUCAGUCUGGCCUUCACUGCCACCUGCCAAGAUGGCCAGCCUCUGACUGGCCUCCAAAAGUGUUCUGACCUCAAAAUUGGAGACACUGUGUCCUUCGACAUAAUGGUGGACACUCGAGGAUGCCCUCCAAAAGGUACCAGGAAGAGUUUUACAAUCAGGCCAGUUGGGUUCAAAGAUCAUCUGGAGGUUUCCGUGGACUACCGCUGUGAUUGUGGCUGCACUCAUUACACAAAGUCCAACAGUAGCCUCUGCAAUUCUGCUGGCACCUACAGCUGUGGGAUGUGCAGUUGUGAGCCCGGAUACCUGGGAGCCCACUGUGAAUGUGAGGAGGGUGAGGUGGACCACCAGCAACUGAGUGCCUGCAGAGAGACCGAGGGCAAGCAGCUGUGCAGUGGCCGUGGAGAAUGCAGCUGCAACCAGUGCCUGUGUUAUGAGUCAGAAUUUGGCAAAAUAUAUGGUGCCUUCUGCGAGUGUGACGACUUCUCCUGUGCCCGGCACAAGGGUGUACUCUGCUCAGGUCAUGGGGAAUGCCAUUGCGGUGAGUGUAAAUGUCAUGCUGGUUAUAUUGGAGACAACUGUAAUUGCUCUACAGAGACGGCUUCCUGUGUGUCAGACGAUGGCAAGAUCUGUAGCGGACGGGGCAGCUGUGUGUGUGGGCAAUGUCAGUGCACAGAGCCAGGGGCAUUUGGGCACACAUGUGAGAAAUGUCCUACCUGUCCAGACGCCUGUGGAACAAAGAGGGAAUGCAUCGAGUGUCGUCUCUUCAAUACAGGCAGACUCGCUGACAACCAGACCUGCCAGCGCAUGUGCAAGGAUGAGAUCAUCACCGUGGAAACCCUUAAAACAGAUGAUCCUAACACUGUUCGUUGCAUCUAUAAGACAGAGCAUGACUGUGUGAUGAAGUUCACAUACUCUGAACAUGCCAACGGUCAGUCGGUCUUAACCGCACUUAAAGAACCAGAGUGUGCUGUUGCCCCAAAUGCCAUGACGGUACUCCAGGCAGUUAUUGGCAGCAUCCUGUUGAUGGGUAUUGUUCUGUUAGCUCUCUGGAAACUGGUUAUCACCAUCCAUGACCACCGCGAGUUUGCCCGCUUCCAAAGUGCACGUUCACGGGCACGAUAUGAGAUGGCAUUUAAUCCUGUUUAUAAGCAGUCCAUCCCCUUUCACCCAAUGGAGACAGUUUUUCAUAUGCAUACCAAAUCAUGCAAUGGAGGAGUCCACUGAUUAACCUGCAGUUGGAAUUGGGGACAUGGCAGGUCCUGUCCAGUUGUGCACUACUGCAUUAUAAUGGAGAACCGAGAUGGCCAUUUUGUUUGUGCACAUUUUCUUGCCUAUGUGCAGUGCAACCUCCUUUUUGUGGAUGUUUUUUGAGGAUUGUAACUGAUCAUUAUGCAUUUCAGUAAAGUUCAUUGCUUAGCAGCACUACGACACAUGGCGGAUUUAAGAAGAGGACUGGUGCAGGAUGAGCUGAACUAGUCGGAGAAGCUUUUCUGUCUUCUACUAAAAACAUUUGCCGUUGGACGCUUAUCCACCAUGGACAGCUUGCUUGAAUUUCAUUACUAAUUUCCUUCAGUUCUAACCAUACCUCCUCCAAAUUAUGAUGGAUUCACUGUGCAUUGUGUUGUAGAAACAAGGAGAAGUUUUCAAGUUUGUGUAUAUUUUUAACAGUGUGCCUUUCCCAACCAUUACACAUUUUUAAUUAAUUCAACUUAUUUACUACAUGUAUGGUAGCCAGGUGCCACAAAUUGUGCAAUUAUACAUCAACUCUUUGAUGGAGAGGGUUCUAACCUAAACAGAGCAAUACUUUUCUUAACUCUUGAUUUGCACAUUGGAUAUUGGGUUAAGGUUUAUAAAGUAAAAAAUAAAUUCCACACUAGAAUGCUAGUCUAUUGUGUAUGCAAAUAUUGGCACACGUUUGCACGUUUUCUUGAUGAUUUAUAAUUGUACAGGUUGAUACAAUAACACUGCCUGCUGAUAAUUUGAGACUGUCUCAUUUCUUUCUAAACAAUCAUACCUAG